AUGCAUUCCCGUCUCUUAGGUGUUGGCAUUGCGGUCCUUGGGGCUUUACUGCCACAAGCUGCCGCCGAAUAUGAGUGCAACCGGACAUAUAUCCAGUCUUUCGCAGACAGUUACGUCGAGGCGCACGAGAAUGGACAGCUAAACCGCCUGGAAAAUAUCGCUGACAACUUCACGUACGUGGAGAACAACAAAACGGCAGAAAUCACCAGCGGCAUCUUCAAUAACGCGCUCAAUAUCGCGCACCGCCACACUAUCGUCGACACCAUCGAUUGCUCCUCCUUCACCGAGCUCAUCAUAACGCACAACGUCUCGGGUGAACCAGCACCCUAUGUCAUCGGUGCCCAGAUCCGCCACAGCCCGGGCGAUCUGAGCUGCUACCUCAUGGACUUGAUCGUGUCUACGACCGGGUCGUGGCUCUUCAACUCCACCAAGACGCUAGAAUACGCGUCUAAGGAGAAUUGGACCCUCAUUGAAGAGGAUAAACGCCCCUCGCGCGAAACCCUCAAAAACGCUGCCGACGCCUACCUGGAUAUGUGGAGCAACAGUACUGCUGAAGCCGCUGUGCCUUGGGGUCAGCCGUGCGAUCGACUUGAGGGCAGCGUAUACACGGGUAGCGGGCUUCCAACGGAUUCGUGCAAAGUUGGGAUUCCUUCGAACCAUAACCAGGCGCCCAAUUCGCACCGCCGCUACGUCAUCGAUCCUACCUAUGGCUCUAUCAGCGUAUUCUGCAUCUUCGAACACCUAAGCAACGCGCCUGACAGCCACGAGUUCCGCCUCGAGAACGGUAAGCUACGGUUCGUCCAUACCAUUACGCUUGCCAAGAGUAGUUUCUUCGAAGCUGAAGAGCCUGAUUUUACGGAGAAUCUAAGCUAA